AUGGCCACCAAGCAGGCGGCUCUGUUCGCCUUCGUCGGUUGCCUUGUCCUUGGCCUCUUUGCGCUAGCCAGCUUCUGCAACGGCCAAAAUCCACAUUACCUGGCCACCGCUGACGUGCCGGAAGGGUUCUGCGCCGUCACUUGGGCUUCCGGGCUCAGGCGCCCCCGGGCCAUUCGGUUCGCGUCCAACGGUGACGCGAUCGUGAUCGAAUCCGACGAGAGCAGGAUUCAGGGCCUCAAUCACGGUCUGGUCAUUGACGAGAAGAACGGCUACAUCUAUGCUUCCACGUCGCGAGAGGUGUGGAGGUGGCACUACUCGCCCGGCCAGCGCUCGAACCUGGGCACCGCCGCGAAGGUGAUCUACGGCAUUCCCUGCUGCGGGCACCUCACCCGCACCCUCGAAAUGGACGACGAAGGCAACCUUUACGUGAGCGUGGGGAGUCUGAAGAACGUGGACAUGGACGACAAGAGCGCGAUGAUCCGCCGCUUCAUCAAUCCUGCCGCGUAUACGACCUCGCACCAAUGGGACGACGGCGAGAUAUGGGCUCGAGGCAUGCGCAAUGAGGUUGGCAUCCGCUUCGAUUACAGCAACCCGCGCAGGCUCUGGGGAGUCGAGAACGGAGUGGACAACGUUCAGCGUGUUGACAUGGGCGACGUCCAUAACGACAACCCCUCCGAGGAGGUCAACAUAUUCGACAAGCCGGGCGCCUUCUACGGCUAUCCGUCUGAGUACAACCUGAAAGGGUCGAGGCUUGGCCCGAAUGUCCGUCCGGGCCAUACCCGGGGCACUCAGUGGCUCCAUCCUACGUUCAUUCGGGACACUCGCUUCAGGUGGGCUCACACGGCACCAAUGGACAUCGUGUUCUACAAUGGAACCGGCUUCCCAGCUUCUUGGAGAGGCGACGCCUUCAUCUCUCUGCAUGGCUCCUGGAAUCGGCCGAGCCCCGUCGGUUACAAUGUCGUGCGGCUGGUGAUGAACAAGACGACUGGCCUGCCCGAGGAGGAACUGCCGUUCUUCUCGCCCAAGGAGGGUGGAUCCAGCAAGAACAAGCGACACGACGGCCACGAGAGCGACGAGGGCGAGGAUCCUUAUCCUCCGGUGCCGGGCUCGUGGGACAUCCGACCGGUCUCGCUCGACUUUGGCCCGUGCGGCGCCUCGAACGAGUGCCUCUUCCUCACGAGCGACAAAAACGGGCUGAUCGUUGCGGUGGCCUACAACGGUGUAGCUGGUGAAGCCAAGCGCUGA